UUCUAAUCAGUCUCCGCCAUAAUGUUCAUGCUAAUAGUAGAAUUAUUAUUUGGAUGAAAUUUUUACAUGCAAAAUGUGUUCAUAUUAGUGUGAUACAUGUAUUUAAAAUUCUAAUUAUUGUCUAACUUGCUCAAAAGAUAGAGAAAAUCCUCCUAUAUGUAAUUGCUAGCAAUAAUUUAAUGAAGUAAAUAAAAUAUGUGAAAAAAUUGAAUGUGAUUAGAAGUGUUUAACUUGUGCCUCAUCAUCUUCUAACUGUACUCAAUGCAAAAAUGGAAGAGUAAAUCCUCCUUAGUGUAAUUGCUAGGAUUAAUUUGUAGAAAAUUAAGAUGGAACUUGCUCAUAAUGCAACUAAGGAUACUAUUAUGAUUUUAAAACUCAAAAUUGUUAAUAAUGCUCAUUGUAGUGCUUAUAAUGUGUGAAUUCAAAAUCAAACUGUAUUGUUUGUAAAAGUGGUUUAUUUUUAAAUAAUAAUGAUUGCUUUUGCUCGAAUCGAACAUCUCUAGCUUUGGUUGAUAGACAGCUAAUCUGCUUGAAAAGUAUGGAUGUAA